AAGCUUGAAUCCAGACAGACAGUAGAACAUAACCUAUAUCGUCUAAAAUCUAAAUUAAAUUUUACUUAGAAUUUGUUUAAAUUUCAUUAUUAUUAUUAUUUCUUUGGAACUGAUAACAUUGCAGUGAAAUGUUUAUUAUACUUCUUUACCGAUUUUUAUAAUUCAACUAACAAUAGUGUUUCAUGGAAAAGAUACUUCCUGAAGUGGUAUUUAAAAUGUGUUAGACCUAGUCCUACCUAUUUGCCAGGGGUUGCGACGUGGGCUAUCAACAUGACAAGCAACAAAGUAUCAAAAAGAGCAGUCAAUUAUACCAACAGGGAAAUUCAUAUAAUAAUGGAAGAAUACAUAAGAAGAAAAAAUAUUUUGGAAAACAAUUCUAGUCCACAACAGAACAUGGAGCAGAAGAGGAAAGCUUGGUUGGAAAUAGCUGAACACGUCAAUGUGAUUUCCCCGACUAAAAGAACGUACACAGAAGUGCGACGGAAAGUCUCAGAUAUGAAGUCAAGUGCCAAACGGAAAAUGCUGCGAUAUUUGAAACAAUCUCUUUCAGAAGAAAGCAAAUGUCCAUUGAUUAAGCCACAAAUUGAUGAGAGAUUGCUAGAGAUUCUUCAUGAGAAUGGUGUUAUUCCUCCAUACAAAACUGUUUUGAGGAGAGGUAUUUCUGAACCAGCUGAUAUCCACAGACCUGCGACAGGCGAGGAAAUUAAGAACAACAAAGUGGCAGCAGUGGAAGAUAACCUUAGUUGUGGUGGUGGUAGCACUGCCUCGAUACCUGUUAGUGUUGUAGAGGUGUCUUGCUCUCCCAGUGCCACUGUUGACAGUAUUGUAGUCACCGACGCCACUCACACACCCAGUAGUGGGUAUGACACCCAGUCUGACCCCAACAGAAUUAAGCAUUUACGAGAGUCUGUUGAAAGGCUAACGUCAUCUGUCGACAGGCUAGGUGAUUCUCUAGUUAAAAUUAGUAAAUCAUUAGAAAAGAUUGUAGAAAGCAAUCAACAAAUGUUUACCUCCAUAAACAGCAAUGUUGUUAGAAUUCUAGAAUCUCAACGCAACCUCCAGCCUCCCUGCUUGCCUCGCGUGAACAACCAACAGCAGCGAUAAGUCUCUAAGCUUUCUUUUACCUCUUUGCAUCAAAUUAACUGCAUCAUUGUAAUAUAAAAUAUGUGUAUAUAUAAUAUAGACGUAAAGUAAUAAAUAACGAUCAAACACUU